CUUCAACCCACGUGACCGGAAGUAAAUACGGUUCAGCAGCAGUUCCCGCGUUUGGCGACUCUUGUCUUUCAAUCACUAGCGUAAACUUGAAGUAGCAGCCAGUCGUUCCGGAUAUGGAUGACCUGUAUUUAGACAAUAUUGACGAAUUUGUCAAUGAUCAAAAUAAGAUCGUCACCUACAAAUGGCUCAGUUUAACUCUUGGAGUCCACGUCAACAUAGCAAAACAAAUGUUGUAUCAUUACCUGCAGCAGAAACGUAACGAAAGUUCAGGCACUCCCCUUCAUGCCACCUACCUAGUAUCUGGGAAGUGUGUUGAGAAUGGUAGUACGUGCCACAAAGUGUCAGUAGUACGUGAGGACAAGCUUGAUGCUGUUAAAGCAAAGAUGGACGUGACCAUCAGUGUGCAUGUGUACAGUGUGCAGAGAGCCGAGCUGAAGGAUAGUUCACCACUUUACAAUACAGAUUAUGAUGCUGUUAAGGAGAACCUAAAAAACUGCAACAAGUACAGCGCUAUACGUUGUGCUGCGGCGGUCUCUUUGUCAUCUGCGGAACUGCAAAGAGCUCAAGAGAUGGCUUUGGUCCCUCCAGUGGAGAAAGAAAUCAGUAAACCUGGCUUGAAUGAAAACACUUCAGCUACCUCCAAACCCAGUGCUAAGCAGCCAGCAGGCAUCAUGGGAAUGUUUGCAAGUAAAAAUGCUUCUAAGAGCCAAGAAUCCAGCAAGGAAGUGAAAACAGAGCAGAAAGAAGAUUCUUCUCUGGUUGAAACAUCAAAAAGCAAAACAGCCUCCAAAGUGAACCCGAUGAGUAACUUCUUUGGGAAGUCUGCCCAAAAAAAGGCUGAUGAAAAACCUAACAAAAGCAUUAAAGAAGAGAUGAACGGCAGCUCAACAGCAUCGGCUACUGCAAGUAUGAAACAGUCACAGACAUCUCCCAAAUCUGAGAUUGACAUUAAAGAGGAACAAUCCAAAGUGUCCAAUGCUUUGAAGGUUGAAUCAAAAGACACUCGGAAUAAAACAAAGCGCCCUGAGUUUGUAGACCGUGACGAUGAAGAAAUAGAGAGCCAGCAGAAGAAGAGACGGAGGAUAAAGAAGCCCCAGCCAGACAGCAGUGAUGAUGAGGUUGUGCCAGAUUCUCCACCUGUGCAUAAUGUACACACUCCCAGCCCUAAAAAACAAGUGAAGAGAGAGCCUGUUUCACACCAAGAAGAGAGUUCAGAGGUGAAGAGGAGGAAAAGAAGGCGUGUUUUGAAGUCUAACACAUUUGUUGAUGAAGACGGUGCCUUUGUGACCGAGAAGGGUUAUGUGAGCGUGUCUUACUCUGAGAGUGAAGAGGAGCCUGAACCCAACAGUCAAGCCAAAUACUCGAGCUCACUCAAGCAGUCAUUUGGAAAAAGAAAGGAAGAGAAAAGAGAAAAGAGUCAGAAGAAGACCUCUACUGCUAACAAACCUACAAAACAGCCAUCCAUCAUGGGAUUUCUCCAGAAGAAAUAACUUUUUUUUUUUUUAUUAUUCUUUCGUGGAAUUUAAAGGAAUAGUUCACCUGGAAGCGAAAACGCGAGGAUGAAGAAAUAAUGCCUUCAUGUUUUUUCGGGUGAAAUAUCCCUUUAAGCACUUAAUUUUCAGCAGUGACAUUCCCAUGAACCACAUCUGAUGCUGUAAGGAGGAAAUCAAUCUUCAUUGUCGCUGUCACUCUUCAGAGACAUUGAAACAGGAGAUUUCUGCUUCUACAUGAACAACACUUAUCCAUUCAACUUCACUUGCUGGAUUUCAGUUCUGGGCCUGAUAGGAUUGUCUGUUGUAGUAUGUAAAUGUAUGAUCCUGCUGAUCGAGCAGAUUUCUUUACUAUAAGCCAACCUGCACAU